UGCCAUCUUGCCAAAUAAGUUGGUGACCUUAUCUUAGUACCUGCAGCUUCUGUGCUAGAGUUAUAAGAGGAGUCUUCGCAGACGCUCCACAUCAGAGCUGAAUUGCUGCUUCUGGUGACAGUCCAUCACAAGAUGAAGAAAGGCAUCCUUGCACUGUCUCUCCUCUUCCUCCUCACCCUUGCCUCCAAGGGUUCAUGGUGUGCAGCUGAGAGAAGCGCCGGAGUAUCCGUGGGGCAUCGUCUCAGGCCUCAUCUCCAGAUACAAGAAGAAUUGCAUGGCAAGAAGGACCUGGAGAUCCAGAGCCCCAGCAGGAGGCUUGGGUUUGGGCACGAGGUGAGCACGGUGGAGAUGAAGCAUCAAAGGAGGAUGGUCACCGGGCAUAAGGGCGGCAGCGUGGGUGGAGGAGGCGGCGCGGGCGGCGCCGCCGCGGGCGCGGGUGGCCGGACCGUGGGCGGCGGGGGCACCGUGACGAGGCCGCACAACAACAAGAACGGCGCGGCGGCGCUGCCGGUGCCGGUGGCGUCCGUCCUGGCGCUGGCUCUCGGCUGUGGCGUUGCUCUUUCAGCCUUCAGCUUCUGAAGCUCUUUGCCGUCUUCAGAGCUGAUAUCAGCAUCUGUGAGUUACAUUAGUAGUGUGCUAAUUUCUCGAUUUGUUUGUUAUUAUACAGUGUGUAAUGUCCAACGGAGUAUCUGUCAGUACUUCACUAAACUGUUCAGGACCGUUGUCAUGUCCACUUGAUUCUUCUUUUUUCAGUUUUCUCUGUUUUUUUGUCUCGGGAAAUUUCACAUGGCUCUAUGAAAGUCAUGUGAAAUUUUCUGAUUUUAUAUGGAAACCCAAUGUUCUUCUCGGAUUGGUCAUUAUGUGACUUACAAUAUCAACUUAUAUCAAUAUCAAUCUUUGAUUGUUUUA